AUGCCUUACCUUAUAGAUAUCCCUUACCGACCUAGAAAUGCGAAUUACAACGUACUUGAUGCCGUUGACGCCGAAAUUCUUGAGAAGGAAGGUGCCUUUUUUAACUUCGACACACUUCCAGCAGGCCGUAUCAAACGAAGGCCCUCUGGCAGAUAUUACUACGUAAAGCCAGCUCUAGACCGUUGGUUCGUCACACCAUUAGGAUACGCAGCAGCUCUUGGCCAGUUUGAAGCUGUUGUCUCCCUUCUCCAUCAGAAGGAGGACGUCGAUGGCCAACAUCCCGAGGGUGCAUCUACCGCACUUACCCUUGCUCUUUUUGGUGGACAUGAGAAGGUAGCGAAGCUAUUGCUGGAUAAAGGAGCCCAGCCGGAUGCCUCACUUGGAUAUAAUGCUCUUCAUGCAGCUGCCAGAAUGGGUUUCAACGACAUCAUUACAAUAUUAAUCGACGAUUACGGAGUGGACCCGAAUGUUGAAGACUUGGACGGAACCACUCCUAUUGGCUAUGCCUGUCCAGGGCGGUGA